AUGGAAAUGGUAAAAUUUGAGGACGAGAGCUCUCUGGCUCGUCUAUAUAACGCCGCAACUUGGCCUGGCUUCUACUCUUCUUUCCUUCCUCCUCAUCACUUCACAUCUCAGUCUCAGUCUCAGCCUCUGCCUCUGCCUCUGUGCCAACAACACUUUUUCCCUUCCAACCCUUGUCUCUGCGCUUCGAGCUUCACCUCAAGUCAAACCAGUAGCCUAGGCUACUCAGGUGUGCUUCCUCCCCUUACACUAUCUCGCCUUGGCAUCGCAUGUGCUGACUUGGACAAGAUAACUUCACACACAACUUCCUCCCGAGUCCACCGCCAUCAAGUCUUUCCAGCGAUUAUAGCUGCCCAGACUGCUUUCUACACCACCCACCCCCGAAUCUGCCUCCGCCCAUCCUCCCCUCCCCCAACAUCUACCGCAGUCUUUACCAAGCUCGCUCCCAUCAAGGCCGAGCCCUUGCCCUUUUUUACACACAACUACCUCUCGCGUCUGCCACCUUCAAGCCUCCCUUCAAACAACAGCUGCGCCUGCUGCGCCUCCUAUUCUCCCACCAGCACACAGUUCCCAUCUCCUCCCAUCUCCUCCACCUCCGACCACCAGCAAGAGGCAACGUCUUCCUCUCCUGAUUCCGCCAGUCGAAAACCUCCUGCUGCUGUAGUGGGAGGCUGGGUGGGAGCCAGCCAAAAAUCUCCUGCUGCUGACGGUGCGGCCCCGAAAUCUCCUGCUGCUGAAGUGGGAGGCUGGGUGGGAGCCAGUCGAAAAUCUCCUGCUGCUGACGGUGCGGCCCGAAAAUCUCCUGAUGCUGUAGUGGGAGGUUCGGUGGGCGGCCUCAGUAGAGUCUUGCCGGCCCAGACCCGGGCACAGAAGAUCCGCGCGGUGCUCGACGAGUACGAGAUCACCUCCCCCUCCCUCAUCCAGAGACUCAUGCCGGUGCCCGUCGCCCGAGAGGAGAAGCGAAGCUUCGUCCGGCUCCUCCGCCUCCAUGGCGUCUCAUACGCCGACAUCAAGAACCUCGGGGAGCUCAGCACCUCCCUCAGCACCCUCCGCGGCUGGGACCGCAUGAAGAAGCCCCCCUCCGAUCGUCCUCGCACCCCGCGCUGGACCGCCAAAGACGUCAAAGUCAUGCAUCUGGCCGUGGAUGCGGUGGUCAGGACAAUGGAAAUAGGAUCCCCCGGCUUCUGGCGUCGCGUGGAGCAGGUGAUGCCCAGGUUCGGGCCCUCACACCCCUUCUCUGCCCAGGCCAUCGCGGCCAAGUACGACAACCGAAGUCGGGGUGACAUCGCCCGGCUGAAGGCCAACACCAUGGCUCAGUAA